GAAUUCUGAUGAUUUUUAAAAAUUUAUUCUUUGCUUCUUUCCAGUAACAUUUGAUACUGUCCACUAAAAUUAGCUAACUCUCUCAGCUUCGUUGCAUUUUUUGACUUGCUAUCUUUUCAUUGUUUCUGCAUAUAAUUGCUAUCCUGGGUGAGUAGCCCUGGUGUCUUUUUUCCUCUCAGUAUAUUCAAGAACACUAAGCACAUUUCAAAGGGAAGUGACUUUUAAACCCAAAGUGUCAGUUUGUGAUCUAAACAACUUAUCUUUUUUUCUACUCAGUGUAAUCUGUGAUAGUAUCUGUCUGUUAUACAGAAACAAAUCUAGGAAAAGUCAACCUCUAACAUAUUGUGAAAUUGCUUGUUUGGACCUUUUCUGAGAUAUAUUAUAAAUAGAUGCUAGUCUAAAACAGAGUGGGCCCAAAACAGCUCAUUGGUUAGGAAGGCAGACUGUGGUGUCUGAAUGCUCAGUCUGGUUCUGAUUCUACCAUUGAGGAGCUGUGUGACUGUGAGCAAUUUAACCUCUUGUACCUCAGUAUUCUCAUUUGUAAAAAUAGGAAAUAUAGUACCUACCUUAUGAGAAUAUAGUAAGGAUCCAAAGAAUUAUCACCUGUGAGGUGCUCAGAACAUAGUAAGCACUCAGAACACAGCAACACUCACACACAAUUAGUAUUAUUUGAAAUAUCUACAUUGAAUCUGUAUAUGUUAAGUAGAUUGUUACCGUUUCUCUGAUGUAUCCUGUAAACAAACAGCAAGAUUUAAAUUGACACUUUCUGUUGUAGAUUUAGCUGUACAGAAAACUAAUUGUGGAGUUCAUACAGACAUGAGUUAUUUCCAGGCUGGCUAUGCCUGUUCAUUUUUUUCAUUAACUAAUAAGAAAAACAAUUUAAUAUUAUUAAAUUACCUGUUUUAAUUCUUUGGACAGUGUGAGUUAUUUACUUUUUAUCCCCUAUAACCUUUUCCAUUCCACUUAAAUUAGCCAUAUUACUUAAACCUGUUAUGAACUAAAGUAUAUAAACAUUUUUUAAAUCUCUAAAUGGAUCAGUCUUAUAGUAAAAUAUUUGACCAAAAGGUCCAGGGGCGGAGUUAAUAGUUUUUAUGGAUAUUUGUCUAAUAUCAAUAAAAUAUUCUAGAUGUUAAAAUAUCAAAUUUAGUAAGAUGUAACUUCUCCUCAAGAUUUUUUAGAAACUUCUUAGGAAUGUGGUUUAGAGCCUAGCAAAAACUAGCAGAGUUCUAAGUCACAUAAAGUGAGUGAAGUCGGUACAGAUGCCUCAGCCAAACUACUCCCCCCACAAAAAAAAGCACCAGUCUUCUGUACUUUCUUGCAUUUGUUUCAGAUCCCUUUUGAAAUACUAUUAUCAAUUUAUCAAAUUGUAAGUUACCAAUUUAUGGAGUAGUGUCAACUUACCAAAACCAGUGCUUUCAGGUUCUGUGAGUCAGGAGGGUGGAAUGUGACUCACCCUCACUCACACUUUUCUAUGGCCUUUAUCAGUUUCUUUAUGUACUUUGGUAAAGUGAGUGGCCAUGAUACUUUUAAUAGGACAAAAAGUGCUAGAAUGUAGAAGGGGAGAAUACAGUAUCCCCCCCUUUAUCUGUAGGGGAUACUUCCAAACCACAGAUAGAACCUAACCCUGUAUAUAAUCUAUUUUUUCCUAUACAUACAUACCUGUAAGAUAGUUUAAUUUAUGAAUUAGGCACAGUAAGAGAUUAAUAGUGAAACAGAGCAAUUACUCAAAAAGAUACUAUAGUAUAUGUGAAUGUGGUCUGUCUCUCUCAACAUAUCUUAUUUUACUGUACUCACCUAUUUUCAGGGUGCGAUUGAGAACGCCUGUAACUGAAACCAUGGAUGAGGGGACUACUGUAUUUGUUUUGAAUUGUAUUUUGGGAUUUUGCGGUAAAUCUACUCGUUCAGUUCCGAAUCAGAGCAAUCAUGCAAACCUCAAAAAAGAAUUGGCCAUUUUCAUGUACACAUAAAGAUCACUUCAUUUGCCUUACUUUAGAAGUAUAAAGCUGUUGAGGAGCAAACGUGUUUCACACUGACAGUUUUGCUUAUAAUGCUAAUAACCACUGGCUCACUGACCUAGCCAAAGAAGAAUUAAAGAAGUCCACACGGAAUGUUUCUACUUACUUAGACCUGUCUGUUAAAAUGGAUACAAUAAAUGUAAUAGUCCUGUUCAUUUCUAACAUUAUCAUUGUGUUUAAGGUGUAUUAGGAAUGUCAACAAAGCAAGGAGAAAGAAAGAAGUCAACCCUGGAAUCACAGACUUAACAUACCUCAGCCUCUUGAAAACAGACCAGCUCACGUAAUUGAGAAUGAUUGUUUUCCUAAAAGGAUAGAAAGAUGUAGACAUUUGCUAAGACUGAGAAUGGAAGCAUGAAAGAAAGAAAAGAAGUGAUUUUUUUCACUGGCUGUAUAAUAUUUUUGCUUACAAAAGAAAAUUUUUAUUUGGAAAAAAUGAUUCUGCGUUUUGUAUGGAACCAGAAAAAAACCCGUAUAGUUAAGGCAGUUCGUAGUAAUAAAAAUAAAGCUGGGGGCAUCAGCAUACCAGAUUUUAGUCUGUACUACAAAGCCAUAGUGCUCAAGACAGCAUGGUACUGGCACAAAAACAGAGACAUAGACACUUGGAAUCGAAUUGAAAACCAAGAAAUGAAACUAACAUCUUACAACCACCUAAUCUUUGAUAAACCAAACAAGAACUUACCUUGGGGGAAAGACUCCCUAUUCAAUAAAUGGUGUUGGGAGAACUGGAUGUCUACAUGUAAAAGACUGAAACUGGACCCACACCUUUCCCCACUCACAAAAAUUGAUUCAAGAUGGAUAAAGGACUUAAAUUUAAGGCAUGAAACAAUAAAAAUCCUCCAAGAAAGCGUAGGAAAAACACUGGAAGAUAUUGGCCUGGGUGAAGACUUCAUGAAGAAGACUGCCAUGGCAAUUGCAACAACAACAAAAAUAAACGAAUGGGACUUCAUGAAACUGAAAAGCUUCUGUACAGCUAAGGAGACAAUAACCAAAGCAAAGAGACAACCUACACAAUGGGAAAGGAUAUUUGCAUAUUUUCAGUCAGACAAAAGCUUGAUAACUAGGAUCUAUAGAGAACUCAAAUUAAUCCACAUGAAAAAAGCCAACAAUCCCAUAUAUCAAUGGUCAAGGGACAUGAAUAGAACUUUCUCUAAAGACGACAGACGAAUGGCUAACAAACACAUAAAAAAAUGUUCAUCAUCUCUAUAUGUUAGAGAAAUGCAAAUCAAAACAACCCUGAGAUAUCAUCUAACCCCAGUGAGAAUGGCCCACAUCACAAAAUCUCAAAACUGCAGAUGCUGGCAUGGAUGUGGAGAGAAGGGAACACUUUUACAGUGCUGGUGGGACUGCAAACUAGUACAACCUUUCUGGAAGGAAAUAUGGAGAAACCUCAAAGCACUCAAGCUAGACCUCCCAUUUGAUCCUGCAAUCCCAUUACUGGGCAUCUACCCAGAAGGAAAGAAAUCCUUUUAUCAUAAGGACACUUGUACUAGACUGUUUAUUGCAGCUCAAUUUACAAUCGCCAAAAUGUGGAAACAACCUAAAUGCCCACCAACCCAGGAAUGGAUUAACAAGCUGUGGUAUAUGUAUACCAUGGAAUACUAUUCAGCCAUUAAAAAAAAUGGAGACUUGGGCGGCGCCUGUGGCUCAGUCAGUAGGGUGCCGGUCCCAUAUACUGAGGGUGGCGGGUUCGGACCCAGCCCCGGCCAAACUGCAACCGAAAAAUAGCCGGGUGU